AGGAACCGAUUACAAUUCAAUUUUGUAAGCACUUCCGACUGCUUACUUCUGCUUGACUCAAGAAUCCAGAAGAAAUUAUUAAUUCCUUAUUGCUAACUUACAGCUCACUACUUUUUAAUUGUAAUUAUUUAAUCAAUAAUAUGGGUUUUCAAGUCUACAAAAAUAGACAACCAGAAGCGAAAGAAACAGAAACAACCUAUGUUUUAAAAAAAAAGGAUGACUUGUUCUGGUUUUUACUAAUUACAAACAAAAAUUUGACUGUCAAUUUAAACAUUUUCGAGUCAUUGUGUUAAAUUAAGUGCAUAUAUUUCAAACAUGGAGUUGUUAUGACUGAAACUAACAUUUUGUUAAGUUACAAUGGAGAGAAAUGAAGUGUCUUUGCUAAAAAGAAUUAUUAAUGAUAAAUGUUUUGCCACGGUUUUGUGUAUUAUUUUUUCAAUAUCAUUGUUCUUCAGUUCAUUUGUUGAAAUUAGAAGUGGUGUUGUUAUAUUUUCAACUUUUACUUUUGGAUGUCUUGUCACUCAUUUCGUUCUUAGAAAGAGAGAUCAUUUGCCGAAUGUGAUAUCUGCUUUUAAGCGCCAAAGAAAAAGUGGAGAAAGUGCUAAACUUCGUACAGUUUGCUCAAGAUGUGGAAUCAUAGAAUGUAAAAGGCAUCGCCCUGAAUUGAAUGUGUAUACAGCUAAGCCUUGGAUGAACUUAAAAGUACCAAAAGAAGUUGAUAAUGCUUUUGAAGAAAUUUUGAAUCUUGUUAUUGAGAAGCAUAUCUAUUCUUGGUAUAGUAACUUAAGUAAAGAUGAUGAUUUUGUUCAAGAAAUCAGGACAUCUCUGAGAUUUGUUUUUUCCAGCCUUUUGAGAAGAGUCUGUCAGGUUGACUUGGUGCAACUGAUUACUGAGAAAGCUGCCAAUGCUUUGUGCAAGCACUUGGAUUGCUAUCUUCAGGCGAGAAAGUUCCGUAAACCGAAUUUGCCGAUGGAAGAAACGGUUCUGUUCUUUCUCGGAGAUAAGCUCCAUCCAGCCAUGCAAAGUAGACAAGAGGAACUUGACUACCUAAGAGAACUCACAUCAAAUCUUUUGCCCUUUCUGGUUCAACAGAAGUAUCUGAAUUGCAGAGCAGCAACGUCAUUGGUGAGAGAAAUAUUUUGUGGAAUUGUUCUUCUUCCCGUGAUGGAUAUUAUUGGAGAUCCGGAUAUGAUAAAUCACCUAUUAAUUCUCUUUUUUGACAAAACUCCUAUGUCUGAUCUUCCACUCAGCAAGGAACCUAAAGUUGAAUUUUUGUCAAACUUUAUAUUGACCCAUUCUUCUGUAAAAAGACCAAUUCUACAUACUGAUUUGCAAACCAUUUUAGAAGAUCAGCGUCUUCUCUACGUUUUUAUGCAGUUCUUAAAAGAAGAGUCUUCUCUCAAUGUGCUUCAGUUCCACUUGAGUGUUGAUGAAUUCAAUACAAGAAUAUUGAAUCCAGAUUUGACGCAUGUAGAGCUGGAAGCCCUUCACUUGCAGGCUCAACAAAUGUAUAACACCUACUUUGCACCCCAUGCUCUUGACAGAAUUAACUUUGAUGAUGAAAUUGUGCAAGAAAUCAAAGAUAUUAUUUCUGGUCGAUCAGAAAAUGUGAUAAAACUAAGGACAACUACACCUCUCUUCAGAGCCUAUGACCACGCCUAUCGUCUGUUGGAAAACACUUAUUGUCCAAUGUUUAUGCAGAGUGAGAGGUAUUUUAGCUUGCUUUGUGGUGAACGAAACAGCAAUUCAAAUGCAAAGGGUGGAGGAAAAGGCUCAAAAAAAGGAAGUUCCAAUCCUUCAGCUAUAUCAAAACUGGGCAACAAGUUGAAAGGUGUCUUUACCGCUCAUGUUGACGAUACAAUGAGUUCUAUGUGUUGGAAGCUAAACUUACAGAGUUUCAUGGAGAACUUCCUGUUCAGUUGCCAACAAAGCGAUCACAACAAAACAAAGGAUUGGCCUACCUUGAGAGCAAAAGACCUGAAUUUGAAAAGUAUUUGCAGACCCUGUUGGCCCUCCCUGGUUUGCAGGGAAGUGAGUUGCUCUUUCAGUUUUUAAAAAGUCCUGUUCUUUUCACAACAAGUUUCCUACCUGACAUCAAAUUGGGAAAAAUGAUUAAAACAGUACCGAUGAAAUUAAUAAAGGAGAAAGGACAGCAUUUACUUCCAUUUUUGCAAGCUUUUAUUCAGUCUACAGAAGCAGCUAAACCUAAAGCUAGUAAAGAAGUGUGGAAAGAAAUUUAUGAAGAGCCAAGUAAAGCAUUGGGAGAAAAACUAGUUUCAGGACUAUAUAAAGACAAUUUUGCAAGCUUGAGUAUGAAGCAAAGCAAGUUCAGUGGAGGUUCAAUUGUAUCCGUUGUAGACUUGAAAGAAAUUUAUGAUUACAUUUUGUAUAUAGCUAUUGAGGUGGUUCGUGUUCCCAACUUGAUCGUCCAACUGCUGGCCACUUGCGACAUUCUACUGAGACAAACGCUUCAGGCUGGCAUUGAGUGGUACCUGGAUGUCAAACUGCAACAAGCAUUCAAACCUCAGCGUUUAGCACAACUUUUGAACUUGUUAAGAGAUGCUCUAUUCUUUGAAGAUGAUCCUCCAAGAUCCAAAAGACAAAAAGCAGAAAGAGCACGACAUGCUUUGCGGCAAACCAAAGACUUCUUUCCCCGUUUUAUGCUGACAAAAAAAUUUGAUGAAAGCAUAAACUUAAUGUUUGAGAUCCUCCAAUAUCCACUUCUUAAUAAACAGAUAUCUUAUGUGAUGCUGGAUAUUUUGGCCACUGAACUAUUUCCGGAGCUUUUAGAAAUGCACAGAACUGAAUCAAGAACCUCUUUUGUUCAAUAGUUGCAACUGAUGUGUCAACAUUCCUAACUGACUAGUCUUUUAUAUUUAUCAUGUAUAUAAGGUGAAAUUUGUUGUCUCGACUCUAUUAAAUUUAUUCUUUCACAUUA